CGUGAGAGUUCUGCAGCUUUCACCAGGCCUCAAACCAGAGCCAGCAAGUCCAUGGCUCCGAAUCACGGCUCUUGGACUUCAAGAUGAAGUUCUUUCCACCCCUCCUCACACUCCUCACACCCGCGCUCUCAAUCGCCCCGCCACCAGACUUCGAUCCCUCGCAUCCCCUCCCCGCAGUCGCGCAACAUCACUUCUAUUCUCAAUCCCUCUUCAAUUCACAAGAUGUACCCCGAUUAGUGAUGUACGUGCAAACAUUCACGACAAAAGACAAUAAACCUCUCUCCCUCCUACCUUUGCUGGAACAGCAUACCAGAGUCACACACAUUAUUCUUGCUUCGGUGCAUUUACAUGAGACUCCUGGCGAGAUAAGAUUGAAUGAUGACCCGUUCGAUGCGAGGAAAUUCGAGGAGGUGUGGAAGGAGGUUAAGAUUUUGCAGGGUGCGGGAAUAAAAGUGUCGAUUCUGCUUGGUGGGGCGGCAGCCGGGACCUACAAGAAUCUGAACGGGACUGACGACGAGUUUUACGCAUACUACCACCCCCUACUAAACCUCAUCAAGUCCUACAACCUCGACGGCCUAGAUAUUGACAUCGAAGAACCCGUCUCGCUCUCCGUGCCCCUGCGCCUCCUCAACGCCUUAUACCGGGACCUCGGCCCCUCCUUCCUGCUAACCAUGUCGCCCAUUGCCUCCGCGCUCCUCACCCCUUCCAUCUCCACCUUCUCUUCCUCCUCCGAAGACACCGAAAUCAACCUCUCAGGCUUCUCUUACUUCACCCUCGACUCCCUAGCCACGGUCCCGGGCUCAGAUACAAGAUUAAUAAAAUGGUUCAACGCCAUGUUCUACGGGCACUUCCCUAAGGGACCCCCGCAUUACGAAGAUGUGAUUGAGGCGGGCUGGGUGCCGGAGAGGGUUGUUAUGGGGGUGCUGGAUUACGCGAAUGACGGGCAGCCGAAUGCGUUUUUGACGAUUGAGAGGUUGAGGGAGGUGGUCGGCAUGUUGAAGGAUAAGUACGCGGGGAUGGGAGGGUUUGGAGGUAUUGCAGGGUGGGAAUACUUUGAUGCGGGGGCGAGUGAUGGGAAUAGUGAGGAUGGGAUGAGGGUCGAGAAUUGGGAGUGGGUGAGACGGGUGGGUGAGGUGCUGUUUGGGGGGUUUGGAAUGAAGAGUGAGUUAUAGGCGGCCGUAUCAAGUGUUUAAUUAUGAGCCCGCCUUUGAUUGUGUUUUGAAGGAGGCUUAAAUCUUGUCUCCUUUUUCAGCGGCUCGCGUGAGCAAGUGGGGAGGGAGCCAAGCUCACCGUUUCCUCGUUGGGCGAGCCCGCGGCGCGUCAGCGUGUGACCUACACUUUCCGGAACGAGUUUAGGUGCAUAAGCAUUACAAUGCAUUACAAUAUGCAGCCUCAAGUACCAUUGAAGCAUGACUAAAUUCGGGGAACAUAUAACUCCAG